GCGAAGGAGUUGUCGUUCACGCGACGAUUUCCCGCGCCCGUCUCGCGUUCCUUUUCCGCCGCCGAAUCCGGGACGAAUAAAUUUUACAGUUUCUGUUUCGCCGAUCCAAUGCGAUCCAACGCGGCAACGACACCCAUCCGCUCGUGUGUUAACCGUUAAUAACUAACCGACGCGUGCUUUCGAUCACUACACCCACGCUUCGGUAUAAAUUAUGUUUAAAAACUUUUCGUUGGAUAAAAAUACACAUACGCGAGAAAAUUAUUAUCGGAUAUAAUAAGACAAUUGUGACCGGUGUUUUAAGUGGACAUAAAUGUCAAUUUGAAUGGUGAAUCAUGAAAGAGGCGGUGAAUUGGUGAAUAUUAUUACUUAUUGAUGAACAAACUAUUUCCGUUCGGUCAAAUAUUGCCUACAAAAUCUAAAAUUAUAAUAAAUAAUUAAAAUUUAACGUCAUCACUGGUAAUAACAUCUGUUUAUUGUAAUUUGGUAAAAAAAUAUUGUCAUAGUGCAUUUUGAAGUUGAUUAUAAUAUAUCGCGUGAUAAAUCAUCUGAAUGGUAAUAUCUGGAUAACAUAAUGCCUGUGCCGAGUCGAAAGCAUUCACAGCAUGCGAAUCGAUCGUACAGACUGAAGCAAAUGAAUGGUCUGUACGUGCACUCCAGCCCACCAAGAGUAUUAUCGCUCAACUCAGCGCAUUUAAAACAACUGAUACGAUCCGGUGAUGUGGAACGCUUGGAAAAUUUGGUCUACGAGGGCCAAGGCAGGAAGUUGUUGACCGAAAGCUCACCGGAUCCGAAGGUCAAGAAUUUUUUGAAGAAUUUACCCGUUUUAAUGAGUAAGAUAAGCUUGCUGCACGAUGCCGUCAACAGCGGCCGCCUGGAUGAACUUCAGGCGCUGUUGGAUGACGAAAAUGAAAAGACUAGAAAGAGACUGAUCGUUGCCAAAGACGACGCUGGGGUUGGAUUGUUACACAAAGCCAUUUAUUAUGACUUGAAGAGUAUAUCUGAAUGGAUUAUUAGGAAUUAUCCGAGUGCUGUUCAGUCUAAAGAUGCGGAAGGACGCACGCCGUAUCACUACACGCCAAUGUGUACUAACGUAAGUGCUAUGCAAAAGUUUUUGAAGAUAGCCGGAGCCGAUCCGUCAGCAUUAGAUAACAGACAGAGAUCAGCAAAGUAUUAUAAGGACCAUAUUUCUGAAUUGGAAUUGCCAAGUGCACACAAAACGGCGUUUUCUUCGAGGAGGGGAACACAAGUUAGUGAUAGUCUGAACAUCAAGAAGUCCAACAUCCGGAUAUGGAUUCAUCAACGGGAUCUUGCCAGCCUACAGCAGGUAAUCUGGGAAGGACAUGGUAACAAACUGCUGGUGGAACACAGUAACAACCCAAAAGUCAAGAGGUUUCUUGAAUCAUGUCCUUAUAUUCUGGGGUGUAUUAAGGACGUUCAUGCAGAUGUAGUCAACGAUGAAUUUGAAGCAUUCCAGGAACACACAGCUCCACCAGCACCCAAUGUUAUCUACAUUGCGAAAGACUCCAAUGGUCUAACUCCAUUACACAAGGCUGCUGGAUUGGGUCGCACGGAUAUUGCUGAGUACAUCAUUUCCCACAAUCCGAAGAGUGUUUCAUGUGUGGACAACGAAGGCAGGACGCCACUCCACUACGCAGUUAUCCUCAAAGAUGGCGGCAAAAUGUUUGAUUACCUCGUCGAGGCCGGCGCAGACGAAGGCGCUCUCGAUAACAAAUCGAAAAGCGCAGGAUUUUAUAAAACUCGAACCAACGAGAUUGAUGCUAAGCUACUUCACGUCAUUCCGGAUUCACCGCGCAAGGCGAAGGAAGGUUCGACAUUCGACUGGGGAAUACUUGGCGUCGCUGCAACUCCAUUGGACGAGAUGGCUAAACCGAUAGCAUUGAAUGCUGAGGAAGUGUUUGGUUCUGAGGAAGCACCCACCAAUGGCAACCACGAGGAAGUUGAUAAAAUUGAAGAAAACAACAAUGAAGAUGAAGCUACAAAUGGAGAUGGAACUGCGGAAGAGGAAACACCUGCAGAAGCUGAAGUUGAAGCUGAACCAGAACCAGAACCUGAAGCUGAACCAGAGCCAGAACCGGAACCAGAAGCCGAGGCUGAGCCCGAACCCGAGCCUGAACCGGAACCAGAACCAGAAGCAAUUCCAGAACCAGAACCUACUCCUGAACCUGCACCUGAAGCCGAUCCUGAACCUGAACCCGAACCUGAACCGGAACCAGAAGCUGAACCAACUCCAGAACCAGAAACAGUAGCUGAACCUGAACCUGAACCAGAAACAGCAGAACCAGAAGCCGAACUUGAACCGGAGCCUGAACCAGAACCAGAACCAACACCAGCACCGGUUGAAAGGGAACCUACUCCAAUGCCUCCACCAAUUGCAAAUACCGAAGAAUCAGCACCAGAUGAAGAAUCCGAACCUAAAAAAGAUGGAGAGGAAGAUGAAGAAGAAGAAAAAGAAAAAGAAGAUGAGACGGCAAUUGUUGAACCAGAAGCAGUUAUUGAAGGUGUAGUAAAUGGGGAGAACGAGAUUGAAAGCGUGAACGAGCAAGGCGCAACAAAAGAUGACCGUGCCGACGCUGAAAUAGCUGCAAUGGUUUCCUCCGGCAACAUGGAACAACUAGCAGCAUUGGUUUUAGAAGGUGAAGGUGAUCGCCUGAUGGGUCAUACCAGCGACAUUCCGGAACUUCUCUUUCUCGACAAUGUUCCUGUCUACAUGAAUAAAAUCAAUCGGAUUCACAUGGCUGCUCGAGACGGUAGCUUGAAAGAUUUACAGGCCGCGUUGGAUCGACGCAAAUUCGCAAUUGCCAAGGACAAGAUCUCGCCCAAUGGCGCGACACCUCUGCACGUGGCGACCGUCUUUGGAAACACAAGCGUCGUUCGGUAUCUAGCCGGCCGAUUCCCAGAAACAGUAACAGCAAUGGACGAUAAUGGUCGCACCCCAUUACAUUAUGCCGCCGUGGUGCCAGAUAAUGGUCACUACUAUAAUCUAUUGGUACACUUGGGGGCAAAUGCUCGCUCCGAGGACAAGUUUGGUCACACUCCAGAUUUUUACCGAUCUAAUCAAGGCGAAUUCUCACACCGCGCCAUUCUGACCGAGUAUGGUGCUGAAGAGCUCGCCGAGGAAAUGCUUACAGACAAAGUUCCCGAUGACGUGCAUUCGGCCCGGAAAGAUUUGGAUGAUCAGGACAUGAUUACGGUAUUAGAGCGCUGUUACAAUGUGCUACACGGCAGGCGGAACAGCAACGCCUCGUCAGCGGCGUCUACCGCCACGAUUAAGUCCAUCGCAUCAUCGCACUCUAUUCUCAGCCGCCACACACGCCGAUAUGUCUUCGAUAGCGUUCGAACACGCGUUACUCGUUUAGAUCACAACUUGUAUGACGUAAUCUGGCCCAGUGUGAAGAAAUUACCUACUGAUGGUGAAUUCCGCAAUCAUUUGGAAUCCGAUCUUCUUGUUGGUAUUAUAGCGCCUGAUUUUGCUGCAUAUCACGUGUUCGCUGAACUUAUGCUACCGAUAAUUAAAGACGCUAACAACAUGGAUCCACACAUCGAAUUGUUACCUCAUCCGAAAACUAAAUUCGUACAGGUUGAGGAGCUUGACGACAGUAACGAAACAGAAAAAAUAAACGAUCCUGAUUUAGUAAAUGAGGAUGACUGUGAGGAAGUUGUAGAAAAAACAGUUGCAAUUGAUUUAGAUCUUGACGUUUCGGCCAAAAACAUUAUCUCCGGACGAGUUGAAUGCACUCGCAAUUUAGAUACUUUUGAAUUGCCAAACAACCUGAGUGUAGGUGAACUGGAACACGUAGAGCGUUUGAUUACUACAGUUCUUCUAAGUGCAGAAGUUGCACAGUCUCUGUAUCCGAAUGCUACAGAGGACGAAAUUCGAGACAAAGGCAAUGGUAUCUAUUAUACCAUGAACGAAAUUUUGGAGGAACCAUCCGAGGCCAGAAUAAUUCUCGCCUCUAAUGGUCUCCUUAUUCCAUUAUGGAACAUUCCUGAUUCAGACAGACUACACGGAAAACACUGGCCAUAUGGCAGAGGUGUUUUUGUGAGCAAUAGCUAUAAUCUAGCUGUUUGGAUUAACGUGCUUGACCAUAUCCGUGUAGUGACAGUGACGUCCCCAAUUAAACCCGGAAAUGUGGGUCAAAUUUACACACGUUUAUACAAACUCGUCAACUGUCUACAAACGAAACUAAGCUUCGUCAGGGACGAGUAUCUAGGUUAUCUAAGUGCCCGCCCCACUGCCGUCGGCAACACCAUCCAAUUCAACUUCAACAUUCGAUUCCCACAUUUGAUCAAAGAACCGGAAAACUUUAGAUAUUUGUGCAAUGUGCGUGGAUUAAACUACUUCCGCAACGCGGCCAGUGCGGAUAUUGUGCGGAUUGGAAACAAGCAAUGCUUAAGUAUCACCGAAUUGCAAUGUUUCGAAGAUUUUAGCACUGCAGUGGCCAAUAUUCUUCAACUGGAAAAGGACAUGGCUAUGUCGAGUUCGUUACAUAUCGCCGCACUGUUUGUAAACAUGUUCAAACGGAAAAAGAACGGUCACAUCGAAAGCUAAAUUCAGUUGAUUAUUGGAAUACGAUGCAAUAUACAAUAAUUACGUCAAUUAAGGGAGCAAUGAUUAAUUAUUUAGUGAUAAUAAUAGCAUAUUUGAUGUCAAUGUGUAGCAUAUACGCGUGUAAAUACAUCUUCAUGUAUAACUUUUAUGAAACUUAUGAAUAAGUGAUUUUAUUGGAAACUGGAAUGGAUAACGGAUUCUAAGAUUCAAUAUCUAUGUAUAUCUAGAUGCUCACAACAUGCAAGUGGAAAUGCCCUUCUUUUGUACCGAGGAGGGACGCUACUUAGCUUCCUAUUUUUAGUCAUCGUCAGUUAUUGAUUAUUCGACCACAAGCAGAAUAUGUUUACGCGUAUAUAAAUGUUGACCAAAUAUUUUAAAAUUGGAUAAGAACAUAUUGUGUGUAGUUUGUAUAGUGAAGUAGAAGCUAAUGUUUGUGUUGGUUUUUUGUAUAUGUUGUAGGUACAUUAAACAUAAAAAAAUAGUUUAUAUGGAAAUAUUUAUAACAAAUAAAUAUAUCAAAAUCUAUCAAUGCAAACAUUUGAAAUGAUAUUUAUGACUAUCAUUUGUAAGAUUAUGAACCUGCGAAUAUGCACUACUUGUAAAAUAAUCAAUAUUUUAAUUGCUUAUUUACCCGACAAAGUGCCUAGAAUUGUAGAAUUUUACUCUUUAUAUUUUCCUAAUUAAUCUUUUAAUCAGGCAUUAAUCUGUAUAAACUACGUUUUCUGUUAUUGUCUACUUACUCAUUUAUCAACUGUUUGUUUGUACUUGACUGUUUGUUUGACUUGCCUGUAAUUUGUCUGAUGCUUUGCAUUUUAUCUUUUCAAAUAUUCUAUUUGAAUACUUCGGUUUUUCAAAUAGACUAAAUUACAAAUGGUUGACCAUUU